UGUAAACUACCUCGUAAUUAAAGCAUUUGUGGAAGUCGUGCGCUUUAACUAAAGGCUAAUACAUAUGAAUGAGCGUUAUUCCACUUUUCCCGUACAGUCACGGUGACUGUGCAGUUUAUGAAAAUACCCAACCCCUACACCCGCCCACUCCCUACAUUCUUAAAAGCGCGAGCCUCUUGUUCCGUUACUCAUGAGCAGUAGCCUAUUUGUAAUAUAUACAUCUUCUUCAUUAAGCUUAGUUAACUGAUCGAGAUGAUUUACCAUGUUAAAACUAGGGAGGAAUUUGCUGAAAUGCUGAAGAAUGAUGCAGUUGUGGUUGACUUCACAGCAAGCUGGUGUGGUCCAUGCAGAAAUAUUGCACCUUGUUUUGAGGAGCUUUCCCAGCAAUAUCCAAAUAUAAAGUUUGUAAAAGUUGAUGUUGAUGAAGCAUCGGAUGUCGCUGCAGACUGUGGUGUAACUGCAAUGCCUACAUUUCACUUUUACAAAAAUGGAAAGAAGGUUAAAGAUUUCUGUGGUGCUAACAAAGAAAUGCUGCAGAAGGCUGUUGAAGAAUUGCUGUAACUGAAAGUAGUAAUUGAAGUAUCAUUUUAUACUGUGACCAAAGACUGAAAUAAAAUUAUUUUGUUACACUUGCA